UAGCCGGUAUAACCACCCGUCGGCGUACCACACAAACGUAUACCCCUCCUCGACUAGGGUGCCAAGGAUGUCAGAACCAAAUUCCUCAUCACAGAGACAUGGAGUCAAGUUGAAUAGGGGGACCUUCAUGCCAUAUCUGGGACUUGGGACAGCAAAGCUCAAAGCUGAACAGAUGCCACAAGUGUUCACUGCUGCUAUUGAAGCUGGCUACAGGCACUUUGACUGUGCUUCCAUAUAUGGGAAUGAGAGCGAUGUAGGCGUGGCUCUGAAGGAGAUAACUGACAGUACUGUCAAGCGGGAGGAACUUUUCAUCACCUCAAAGUUGUGGAAUUCCCAUCACCACCCAGAUGAUGUCAGACCUGCCCUCUUGAGGACCUUGCAGGAACUGCAGCUGGAGUACUUAGACCUUUACCUCAUACACUGGCCCAUGGGAUAUGUGAGAAGCAAAGAUUAUCAAAGAGAGCAUCAAGAAGGGACCGUACGACACUCAGGCGACCACUACACAGAGACGUGGCAGGCCAUGGAGUCCCUGGUGGAGGAGGGACUGGUACGCGAGAUCGGCCUGUCGAACUUCAACAGUAAGCAGAUAUUGGAGAUCCUUGCUGUGGCAAAGACAAAACCAUCUGUUUUACAGAUCGAGUCCCAUCCUUACUUCCCGCAACAUCGACUCAUCGACUUCUGCAAACAACAUGGAAUUGUUGUCGUGGCGUACGCUCCACUGGGAACCCGCGAGUACCGCUUUCGGAAGCCAGAUGUGCCAUCCUUGUUGGAGGACCCAAGGGUUGUGACCAUAGCUGAAAAGCACAAGAAAACCCCGGCCCAAGUUCUGAUCCGUUUCCACAUCCAACGUGGCGUGGCCGUCAUUCCAAAGAGUUCCACGCCCUCACGGAUAUGUGAGAAUUCCCAAGUAUUUGAUUGGCAGCUGACUGAUGAAGAUAUGGAAGUUCUUGGAAACUUUGAAACUACCUGGAGGAUAAUCCGGUAUGAUAGAGAUGAAAAACACCCCUUUUAUCCAUUUCACGAACCAUUUUAAAGGUUAUAUAGUUAUUACAUAAAUGUUGGCAGCAUCUUGAUCCAAACGAUUUUUAAUGCCAUGAAGUACAUAUACCAUGCAUGAUUGUUUUUAUUGCAUACCCUGUAAACACUUCAUGUUGUAACACAGUGUUUGUACUUCACAAAUUUACAACAUGUAUUUGAUCUACUGACACUGGAAAGGACCCCUAUUCUAACUUCUAAAAAAAGUGUGGUGGGUUAUUCUACAUGCCUGAGAUGUGGCUCUCCAUUUAAUGUCCUAUGGCAGGGAUAUCUCUAACUAAAGCUAGGUACAUUACUCGUUUUCACCAUAAGAACAGGCAAACAUUGAAACAGCUGUAUGUCAUUCAUGUUUAAUACAGUAUAUACUUAGAGAAUGGACCAAAAUCAGAUCUACAGUUAUUUACAAACUAUCAGCUUUGUCAUCUCGGUAAAGAAAAGUAUGUUUUAUGUUGAAAGAUAUAUCGGAUGUCCGGUGCCCUUGUUGGUAGUUAAAAUAUCAACUUACACAUGUACUUACAAAGUGUCAUGAAGUUUCAGAACUGGGGCACUACUAUGGCACCAUAUAUUUUGUAAGAACGAUACACAUGUAGCUACCCGAUUAGCAGAACUUCAACAAAUUACUUAUCUUUUUUAAUCUUUUUCACAAGCUUAGACAACAUAAAGAUAGUAUAGAUGACAUAAUAUGGGAAUCAUUUCCAUUGUCAAGACAUAGAAUAAAUUUUCAUUAAAAGGCAAACUAUCAUACAUUGGACAUUACAAUAUAUUUACCUGUUGAGAUUACAAAAACUUGCUGCUUUUAACUUAUUCUGUACAUUCAAUGUUAAUUAAAUGCUACCGUAGCCUUUGAAUUAAUCAAGCAUAAUGACUUCCCUUUGGUCGUUAAAGGCACAUGAUCAUCACCUAAUAAAUGUUGUAUUGCAGUUUUAAUGUUUGUUUUCACAGCAUUUAAACACAACAUUGCCCCCCCCCCAACAGUUGAUUAUGAGUUUUCCUGUGAUAUAUCUUCUAUUUUACAAAUCGUAAGA